AUGAACCGCCACAACAGAACCCAGCAGGCAACCGCGGACGAUUCCUUGCGGUCCCACCAGGCCCGACUCCUGUUGGGUUUUAAGCAGGGGGAUCGCGGGAUCAGGCAGUUCGCUCGGGAGUUCCUGGCUGCAGCUAGGGAGACUGAGUUCGGUGAGGCAGAGCUCAAGGUUAUUUUUAACUGCUGCCUCACCGAGCCUCUCCGGCGGUCUGAGAUGAGGAUGUUGAGCUCCCUGUGGAUGGGCGACAUGAUCAGGUAUGUGGUCAACCGGGAUGAUCCCUGGCCAUUAGUGCCAGACUGGGUGUCCGCCCCCGUGGCUACCGUCCCGGAGGACCGCGCCCUGGCCGCCCUUACCCUGGGGAGCUCGGCACCCUCAUCCGCAGCACCUCCUGCGGCCACUCUACCGUCGGCCAGUCCCACUGGCCGGCGGAGGAGAAAGAAACUACCCAGUCCGGAGCUACCCACUGCGCAAUUCAUGUCUUAUAAAAGGUUUGUCGUCAGUCUCAUGGUCUUAGGAACCGGUGUGCUGAUCUAUUUAACACACACCCAUCUACUAACAAAUUGGUUGAACCUCGAGGAAGUGAACCAAAAUAAGGAUGCUGUUCAAAAUAAAACAAGUGUAGACCUUAGGGAAGAACCAAACAAAAACCCUGCUGAGGAGAAACUAGAACCUUUUCAGAAGGAACCAGGAAUGUACCAUGUUGCUUACCCCCGAAAUUACAAAUUCAUCAUCGACCAGCAACAUAUAUGUGAACAGAAAAAACCUUUCAUGGUGGUUAUUGUCCCAGUUCCCCCUGAUAACAUGGAGGUUCGCAAUGCCAUCAGAAAAACAUGGGGUGGAGAAACGUUUUUCGGCGACAAGGUGGUCCUGGUUCUGUUUCUCCUGGGCUCACGGAGUGGAACAGAUGAAGAGACUUUGCAGGAUCAACUCCAGAAAGAAAACCAGCAGUACCGAGACCUACUGCAGAGUAACUUCCACGAUACCUAUAGGAAUUUAACCAUUAAAACUAUGAUAAUGAUGGAAUGGCUGUUUACAAAGUGUCCGCAGGCAUCUUACGCCGUAAAGGUGGACGCAGACGUCCUCCUCAACAUAAAAAACCUCAUAGGCAUGCUUGUGAAUCUGAAAACACUGCAACGGAACUACAUGACAGGUCUAGUGUGGUAUCAAAGCUCUGUUAUAAGAGACCCGUCCAACAAAUUUUAUCUCCCUCAUGACGUAUUUGCAAAAGACACAUAUCCUCCGUAUCCUUUAGGGAUGUGUUACAUAUUUUCUACGGAUCUACCGGAGAAAUUUCUACAAGAAUCAAAGGAACUUGAACCUAUUUAUAUAGAAGAUGCAUAUCUUGGUUUGUGCCUGGAGCGUUUGGGUAUCGUCCCAACCAAACCACCAAAUAUUGACCAGUUUGUGGUCAAACCCCCGCAGCAGUACAAUCGCUGUUACUUUUCUGGACUUAUAGCGGUGAUGACAGAGAGCACAGAUCAGCUGGUGACAUAUUGGACAGAUAUGAACACUUCUAGCGCACCCUGCUGA